AUGGCAGCUCGGAAGCUGCAACAAGAAGUCGACAAGUGCUUCAAGAAGGUCGCCGAGGGCGUCGCCGAAUUCGAAGCCAUCUACGAGAAGAUUGAGCAGUCGAGUAACCCCGCACAGAAGGAGAAGCUGGAAGACAACCUGAAGCGCGAGAUCAAGAAGCUGCAGCGGUUGCGAGAUCAGAUCAAAACAUGGGCCGCUAGCAACGACAUCAAGGACAAGGCUCCUUUGCUGGAGCAUCGCAAAUUGAUCGAGACGCAAAUGGAAAAGUUCAAGGCUGUCGAGAAGGCCAUGAAGACCAAGGCGUACUCCAAAGAAGGUCUGUCAGCCGCGGCGAAACUGGAUCCCAAGGAGCAGGCCAAGGUCGAGGCCGGCGAAUUCCUAAGUAGCAUGGUCGACGAACUAGAGCAGCAGAUCGAGGCGCUCGAGGCCGAAAGCGAGUCGAUACAAGCAACGAUGAAGAAGGGCAAGAAUAACACGGCCAAGGCGGAACGCAUUGCCGAGGUUGAACGGGUCAUGGAGCGACACAAGUGGCACCAGGGCAAGUUGGAGCUGAUUCGACGGUCCCUCGAAAACGGCGGUGUCGACACGGAUCAGGUCAACGACUUGGAGGAGAGCAUCCGAUACUACGUUUCCGACGGCAUGAACGAAGACUUCAUGGAGGACGACGAGAUGUACAACGAGCUGGACCUGGAAGAUGAGGAAGGCACCUACGGCAUGAGCCUGGACAACGAGAAGAACUCAUCCCUCGACGCGCAAUCCGUACAGGACGAUAUAUCUGUCGAGCCCGACCUGCCCAAACCUCCGAGAAAGCAAAAGGAAGAAUCUGUGAUACGACGAACAUCAUCACAGGUCAAGUCACCCUUGCCCGCUCUCGCUACACUUCAUGCCCCCCUGUCAACUAUCAGCCACAACGCCGGUGGCCCUAUCAUGAAGCCGGCAGCAGUACCGACGCGACCGGCAGGAGAGGGUCUCAAGUACGCAUCGGCAGCGGCUGCUGCGGCCGCGAGCGACAGGAACAACGUCGGGAUUGCGCCUUUACCUCCGCCUCCAGGCGCGGUUAUCUCAGGCAUAUCAUCUUUACCGGCACAGUCCAGGACAAGCGCCACCAGUUCCCCCGCAAUGUCGUUAGUCCAGCUCGCGUCGCAACAGGCCGAGUCGAGACAGUCUGUUGCCUCGAUAGCAUCAACAACCAACUCCCCGGAACCAUCCAUCAUCAAGCCAACCAAGCGAUCCAAGGCUGCUGGUAAGCAGCCGGUAGUGCCUGAAGUUUCAGCGCCGUCAAAGCCACCCCAAACCAAUGGUAACGGAGUUUCCAACGGCAUCAAACCAAUCGAGGAGGAGCCCGAGGAUGAGUCAAUCUACCACCUGCCGGCAUCGUUGCAAGAUCUUGUCGAGACGUACGAGACGUCGAGGAAGCGUCCCCCACCUCCCUCGGCACCAUCAACACUGCGAAUGAUGGGAGUGAGUCAAACCAGCUGCCCCGACGCAUUAGACGCGGAAGUACCUCGAACAUAUCGACCCGAUGCGCCAGUGCCUCCCACAGGCUCAGGCUUCCCACGAGACCCGCUACCCAUCUUCGACGACCCGCGACUGUACUCGCGCAUUGACCCGGAUACGCUGUUCUACGUCUUCUACUACAAGCAGGGGACAGCGCAACAGUAUCUGGCAGCCAAGGCGCUCAAGGAUCAGAGCUGGCGAUUCCACAAGCAAUAUCAGACAUGGUUCCAGCGCCAUGAGGAGCCCAAGAACAUCACCGAGGACUUUGAGCAAGGCACAUAUCGCUUCUUCGAUUACGAGAGCACCUGGAUGAACCGACGAAAAGCGGACUUUAAGUUUGCUUACAAGUUCCUCGAGGAUGAUGUUUAA